AUGAGAAGGCUGCAGCUCCAACGAUGGAGCGGUUCGGUCCUUUCGCCGCGGGCCCAAACUGGUAGCCGGCUGCAGCAGCAUCUCUACACUGGGUUACGGCACCAAUCGACCGCUUCGCCUGCUGCCCAGUCCGAGGAUGAUCAAUUGAUCAACGAACAAUCUCUGGCUUCGCCAAUCCCUCCCACCCGUUCACGAAAGUCAAGAUACCAUCUCCCUUCUCCGCCGGUUGAGGCCGCACGCGAGUCCGCAAAACUUGCUGCACUCCACGCCCGACUCUACCUCCCCUCACGAUUACCUCUUGAGACGCUGGCCCGGUCUUUGGUGGAUUCUUCAGCAGAUUCCAAUGCCAGUUUCAAUAACGAAUCGCUGGCCACGCUUGGCCAUGACCUCCUGACCCACUACACAUCCGAACACCUCCUUUGCACAUACCCUCGACUUCCUUUAACCGUCAUCUUUGCAGCCAUGUAUGCGUAUGUCGGGCCCAAGACUCUCGCAGCAAUGGCAAAGGAAUGGGGUGUGGAGCUCGCGGCUGCACCCGGAGGAGAGGUGGACCCUGGCUUGCUACAGUUCAAGAGGGUUCUCCCAGGUUCUGAAUUGGAUUCGGAGACAAUCACCGGCACAGCCAGGCCCAACGAUCACCGAAAGUCAUGGAGAAAGGGAUUGACCUCCCGGAUUGUUUACGAUGAUGAAUUCGGCGAUCCGGUCAAGGGAGCUGUUGACCCAGCCCUCCAGCCAGAGUCCCAGAACAUCAAGGGUGUCACCGCUGAGCAAGCCAGUGCCACCUUCAUCCGGGCUGUUAUGGGCUCCAUUUACUUGCAUGCAGGCCGCCCUGCUGCCAAGCGUUUCUUUGAGCAGCAUUUCCUCUCACGACACCUCAACAUCUCGGAAUUGUUCAACUUCUCCCAGCCGGCUCGUGACCUCAGUCGGUUGUGUGCACGGGAAAACUUCGAACCCCCCGUCGCCAAGAUUAUCAGUGAAACCGGUCGCAAGAGUAGACACCCUGUUUUCGUUGUCGGCAUCUUCUCUGGUCAGGAUAAGUUGGGCGAGGGCGCUGGCGCCAGUCUAGUUGAGGCUCGAUCCAGGGCUGCCGUCGCGGCACUCAAGGGAUGGUAUCUGUAUAGCCCACUGAGUGUCCGUGUACCCAGCUCGAUGGAAGAGGAGGGCGCCGCGCCCUGGAAACCAGUUCACGUGGAUCUGGGUGAGGUUAUUGUGUAA